AGACGGAAAUCGAGGGUACCGAGAACGUGACAGCACGGCGUGGUGGACAUCAUCCUUCGACAUUUCCGCGUGGAGUCGAACAGCCCUCGCUCACCGAAGUGAUUCCUGCGAGGUGAGCUGCAGACAAUGUGGUGAAAUGUACUGGAUGAUCGUGUGGAGCCAGAUGCUGCGCUCUCCCUCUCAUUCCGGAAGCUGGGACUGCAAGCAGGAGCCAGCCCAUGGGAGCAUGCAAGCAGACAAGCUGCCCGGAGGUAUCCGCCGACACUCGGUCGUCCAGCCAACACCGCCACAGGCAAUCCGCAUUGACCAGAGUACUAGUUCCAGUGUCCGAUUCCCGACGAGCGGCCUCGGGCCAGAGGCGCUUACCGUGUGGACUCAUGGGAAGGGACGGUCGCCCACCGAGCCGGUGACUGGAGCCCAUCCCGCCGGUCCGCCCACGUCCUCGCCGGAGCAGUGCCACACCACUUUUCAGCGGCCAGUGGCGACGUACCCCUCGAAAGACGCGAGCAUAGAAGGCGGUCCGAACGACUAUAGGAGCGCAAGACUUUUCAGAACCAAAGGUAUACUUAGGGUUAAGUUCCGAGACCAAUUCGCCCCGCGGGACUGGCUUGCCCGGCGGACAAGAACUGAACCGCAGUAAUCCAGGCGCGGCAGGCUUGAGAGGCACCCGAUACGGGAUCGAAGCUGCGACGUACUGCGGGUGUCCAGACACCGGCGGGGCGGUCGCGAUGACAUUCCUUGCGGAAAAUUGGAAUCGGAGAACUGUGGGGGAGGCGCCGUGCGUGUGAGCGAAAGAGUGGAAGCUGGAACGGCGCGGGUCGACGACGGGAAGGCGACUGCUGGCUUGCACAGUGCGAUAUAGAUUGACGAGAAAUGCCUCUCGGGUGGGUUCCAGAGGUUUGGCGUGCCUUGGAUCGAGACGGUUCCAAGAUGGACGCUGUGCGGGCAACUUCCGGGGGUUUGGGAACUUGAGAUGUUUGGAUGUUGC